GCCCAGUCACUGCACCGGUCACUCGGCUCUCUUCAGUUUCCUCCCGUCUCUUCCCCGAGUGAUAUAUAAACGGGAACGAGCCCGAUUUCUCCUUCGACUUGUCGAGUUCACGAACGCAAGGAUUCGGGGCGGAUCGCGAACCGCAGCGGCAAAUCAUGAUCCAUUUUGUGAUUCUAAUUAGCAGGCAAGGAAAGGUGAGAUUGACAAAAUGGUACUCUCCUUAUGCACAAAAGGAACGAUUAAAGGUCAUUCGAGAAUUGAGUGGAGUCAUCCUAACACGGGGCCCAAAACUCUGCAACGUUGUCGAGUGGAGAGGAUACAAAGUUGUUUAUAGAAGGUAUGCCAGCCUUUAUUUCUGCAUGUGCAUUGAUGCAGACGACAAUGAGCUGGAGGUCCUUGAAAUCAUUCAUCAUUUUGUUGAGAUAUUGGACCGCUAUUUCGGCAGUGUUUGCGAGCUGGAUUUAAUCUUCAAUUUCCAUAAGGCCUUCUAUAUAUUGGAUGAGAUUUUAAUUGCUGGUGAACUCCAAGAGUCGAGCAAGAAAACAGUUGCACGACUUAUAGCUGCACAGGAUUCGCUGGUAGAAACUGCAAAAGAGCAGGCUAGUUCAAUCAGCAAUAUGAUUGCUCAGGCCACAAAGUAGAAGCGCUACAAAAACACUCCUUUUGUGCUCUGUUCGUCAAUUUAAUUUCUUGUUGCAUUAUGUGCUGGCUUUGUUGUAUUUCUUUCGGCCUUCAUGUUGUGUUAUCAGAUAACUUCUUCAGGGGAAUCCGUUAUUGCGUUGUUUGCUGCAUUCUAAUAGGAGAUUUUUCGUAUUUAAGAAUCACUCAUAAUGUACAAAAGGUUUAUCUCAUCUUCCUCUGCGGACAAUCAUACUAUGUUACGCACUCUUCAUGCUAGCUACAAUUUAUUUUCAUGUUGUGGGGACGUUUCUGUUGGUUGAA